UUGCCAAACCUUUCUGUUCGUCGUUGUCAGGCCACCUAUCCCGCGGUGUCCGGUAGCCCAGACUUCAGACCCCCCUGGCCCCAACCAGUGUACGGAGCCCCCGAAUCAGCUGAUGGCGGUAGUGGCUUCUACCCAAAGGAGGGUGUUGGCUCUCCCGCGGAUGGCUACGCUAACUUGCCAGUGGAUGAUGAAGAACGACGUUUAGACCCAGCUGCUGCUGCUGCUGCCGGCGCACAAACCGUACCACCCAGUGGCCCGGCCUAUCAGCACCCUCUGGUCAGCGGUAUGGAUCAGAGAGCUGGCAACUCCGGCUCUCCUAGUGUGGUUGGUGGUAAUCCCUACCCGACUGACGAUGAGGAUUAUAACCGCCGUUACGAUGGAGGUGACGCUGUGCAGAACUCCGGCUUCCCGCCCGCAGACAACUACUAUAACCAGAACCAACCGCAACCGGGUCAACCAGACCCCAACGCUCCCCAGUGGCGAACGCAACCCGAUGAAAGACCCUCAGUCUACGACCAGGCUCCCCCUCUGGCUGAAAAUCCUCGUCAGAUGGCCGGUCCA